GCGGUGUCAGACGCCAUGAUUUUACUGUAGCUGGAGCAGAAAAUGGAUGCUUCCUGCUAGUUAGUUCAAUGGGUGUCUGUAGCCCGUACCAGGUUUUUGCGCAACGUUUUCAACCAGCGGUCUCGGAAACAUCACUCAAGGGAUAAAAACAACCUACAUGUCGGUUUCCUCUGAGUCUGAUAUAAAACUAUAUGAGCAGGCUGCUGUGGGGGAGCUGGGGGAGCUAGCUGGCUAAUGUUAGCAGUCACCACCGGGUUGCCAGCGUUAGUUAGCUGGCUGGCUAGCUAAAAAGAAGCUAGCACGAUAAUAAUAACCGACUGGUCAAAAAUAAAUGCUCCCUCUCUCGCUCAGCUGAAGGACGUAAGUCGGACCAAAGGCUACACCUUAAGGUAUGGCCUGGAUUUGAUUUGGACGGUGCUGGUGAUGGCAGAAGGGACUUGCAUUGGCGAAAUGCCCUCCUUUGACCCAAGUCCUAGUUCUGAAGCAAAAAAGAGACCUACUUCUUCUGAUGGCAGAGACGAGCCAAUGAGGAAAAUGCCUGUGUCAAAAUUUGGUUCCAGACCUCGAUUUGAGCCUGUACACUUUGUGAGCGGUGGAAGCAGCGGAGGAAGCGGGGCUGAUGAGAAGGAGAACGAUAAGGAGCGACGGAGGAGCGAGUCGUAUGGUACGAGACAGUGGGACUCUGAACACUUCUCUCACAGCAGCAGCAGCAGCAGAGCGCAGGGCUCCUCCUCCCUGAGGCCUGCUUUUGACAGAGUGCCAUCGUACAGUUCUGACUCUUGGGGUUCCCAUAGAGAUAGAGAGCGAGAUAGAGAUCGGGAGAUUUUUUCAGGUAGUACGAGUGGUUUGGGUUAUGGAGGACGCGGGUCCACUUCAAACUUCAUGGCAAAAACACAGCAGGACUACAUAAACAAGUACGAAGCCCACGGCUCUCGAAAUUCAGAUUCCUAUUCUCAGCCCCACAGAUACAAUGGACACUGGGGAGGGAGCAGAUCAGGAGGCUGGGAUUCUGGACGUCAGGGUUUGGGGUUCAGUCAUCAGGAUCGGCCAUCAUCAAGUAGGCCUUUCUGCAGAGUCUACAACAGUCCAGGCAGGAGCAGUCCCACCACUUCUCUGUCGGGCUCCUCAGCGCAGCCUCUAGCUGUGUCUCAGUCAACAUUAGACGAGAAGCAACGGUUGAUCGCCAAUGUAGAGUCUGCGUUGGCUGUUGCCUUUAGGGACCCUAUGUUCAUGACUGGAAGUGAUUCGCCAAACUAUAAUUUCAUGUUGAGCCGCAGCAUUCAGGCCUGCAAGACUAAUCCUGAGUAUAUUUAUGUCAACCUGAAGGAUAUUCCUCAGGCUGACCUACCAAAGAACAGGAAAGUACCAACAGACGGUUAUGCCUGUGAACUGAGAUGUCAGGGUGUCUAUCUUGCUACUGGAUACUCUGGGAGUAAAAACGGAGCGAGGGACCGGGCAUCUGAGCAGGCUGUGAAACUCUUCCUGAAACCAGUUGAGGUUCGCGUGGUGCAGCGCAAAUACAGACACUCAAUAGUCAAUGACAUAGUUGUGUGCCAGAUGCACAGCCCGACCCCGGCCUUUUUACCUGCACUCCGCAACCCAGAGGAUAAACCGACACCCAGCUCUAAGGGCCAAUAUGAGCCUGACACACGGAAGCACUGGACAGAAUUUGUGGUGAUGGACAAUGCUCACGACGCCAUCUGCAUACUCAACAAUUCUGCGGCUUUUAAUCGUAUGAAGAUAGACUAUAAGUUCGACCUGCUCCCCAACAGCAGCGCUUGGCUGUGCAGCGUUUUCCUGCAGGACGAGCUGGUGGCGCAGGCAACGGGCACUAAAAAGAGCUCAAAGCACGCAGCGGCCGAAGAGGCAGUGAGAAAACUUCGCAUGAACCAGGCACAGCGACAACAACAGCAGCAGCAGCAGCAGCAGCAACAGCAACUGCAGCAGCAGCAUCAGCAGCAGCAGCAGCAGCAACAGUCACAAUACUCCCGAGGAAACAAUCAGUCGGAUUGUGGUGGACGCUUUGGGCAACAGGUCGGCAAAAAGAAGCAUCUGAGUGAGCUGGUUAUCCUGGAAAACUCUGACAACGCAAUCUGUAUCAUCAAUGACACAGCUCAGUUUAAUAAAGUGACUGCUGACUACAAGUUCACAGUUCUACCUGAUCACCGCUGGAGGUGUGAAGUUUACUUGGAAGGACAGUUCGUGGCAGCAGGAAUUGGGCCCAAGAAAAUAGUGAAGCACAUUGCAGCAAAGGAGGCCUUAGCCACCUUGAGACAAACGCAGGCCGUGGUUAAAUCCAACCUAAGGAAGGAGGGUCACAGCGACGCCAUAUCCCGAUCCCAGAUCCUGGCCCGCUCUGGUGAAGAGGCCACAAGGCAGGAGAUCAAGGAAGACAACAUCGGAAACCAGCUGCUCCGCAAGAUGGGCUGGAAGGGGGGUGGCCUGGGCCGAGAUGGGGAAGGCAUCGCAGAACCAAUCAGAGUGAAGGAGCAGUUCUCCAGAGAGGGUUUGGGUAUGGACACGGACAAAACUGGAAACCAGCUCAGCAAGCGUGACAUCGAGGACAUCAUUCGCAACUAUGCCAGUUCAGACCGCCAGGACGAUCUCCGGUUCUCCACUGACCUCACCAACGACGAGCGCAAGCAGAUCCAUCAGAUAUCUCAGAAAUACGGCCUACGAAGCAAGUCGUACGGACAGGGACGGCAACGGUUUCUAGUUGUCAGUCGCAAAGUACACAAAGACCAGCUCAUUGGUCAGCUCUUACAGGAAGGACAGGUGGGACGAUAUGAGCUUGUGAAACCUCAGCCAUCUCACUAAUUUGCAUGCAGAGCAAAGCGGGGAAACAAACAGACAAACCGUCAUCGGCUUGAACAAAUCCCACUCAAGUGUAACUGCUGUUUAUACUUGUGUGAUACAUUUACAACACACGUUAAUAAAUGGGAAUCCUUCAGAUAUCACCUGUGGUUUCUGCAUUCCUUGCCAUGAAAUGUACUUUAGCUUUAGGAUGAGUAAUUGAAUUUGUAUUUUCUUUGUCUCCUGCCAUUCCACAUAUCCUCUAUUUGUUUCACUUUUGCACAAGCUUGUGUUCAGUGCUUUAUGGGAUCAUGUCCUGACGAUGCUCCAGUUAUUUCAUUAUUUAAUAAAAUGGCUUUACAAGGUUUUUGUCACCAAAAUUCAGUUUUUGUUAUGUGGCUCCAUAAGGAACCUGGCAGAAUAUGCAGCUUUUCACUGCUUUUUCUGUGAACAUUGUAGAAAGUUGACUGUCAGAGGACUAGAGAGGCAUUAACAUCAAAACUGUAGCUAGGUGUACCUGUCUCACUGUAGUGACACAUCUCUAUUCAGCAAUACUGUUGUUUGCCCUUCUAACACCCAGAGACCAUUCUACAAGUACAAACUGCAUCAUGAUCAGAAAAUCAAAGCUGUGAUCUUUGUUAAAUGUCAGUUGUGUUGGUUUGUGAGUACAGUUAACUUGUCUGCUUGUUUUCACAGCUGUAAUAACUGAAUAAAUUAAAACUGAUAACCAUCAA